ACUUAUUAGUCGCAAUAUAUUUUAGCACUGCAGGAGGCCUAAUAUACUACCUGGAAACAGAAAUCGAUAUAAUUGUUGUUAAGGUUACAUUUCCCUUAUACUGGGAAUAGUAAAAUUAAGCAGAGUACACUCAAUAGAAGAAGAAAAAAUGAGAUUCCUCAUUUUUGGAUUAGUUCUUUGCAGUGUUUUGAUGGUUGCACAUUCCCAAAAAAAGAUGGUGUGCUACUAUGGUACAUGGGCAGUGUAUCGACCAGGAAACGGAAAAUUCGAUGUAGAGGACAUUGAUACCAACCUCUGCACCCACAUCAUUUACGGAUUCACAGGACUCGGAACGGACAACACAAUUCAGUGUCUCGAUCCUUGGAACGACCUUUACGACGGCGGUGGAAAGGGAGCUUUGUAUCGUUUCACUGGACUGAAAAGCAAAAAACCGUCGAUGAAAGCGCUUGUCGCAAUUGGUGGAUGGAACGAAGGGUCCGAAAAAUACUCUGUGAUGGUGUCUGAUCCUGCCAAACGAGCGGUAUUUGUCAACUCCGUAGUGAAUUUUAUAAAAAAAUUCAAUUUCGACGGACUUGACUUUGACUGGGAAUAUCCAGCUAAUAGAGGCGGAAUCCCUUCUGACAAGCAAAAUUUCGUCAGCAUGAUUCAAGAACUGAAAAAUGCUUUUGCCCCGUACGGUUGGCUGCUUACAGCUGCUGUUCCUCCUGGAAAGUCGACAAUUGACAGCGCAUACGAUAUUCCAGCGGUAGCGAGUAAUUUGGAUCAGGUCCAUGUUAUGACCUAUGACUAUCAUGGGGCCUGGGAGCCGUACACUGGUUUGAAUUCUCCGUUGUUCUCAAACAAUCUUGUCGAUAAAGGAACUGACAAUAUCUUGAAUGCGAACUGGACAAUUAACUACUGGAUCUCGAAUGGCGUACCUCGUUCUAAAAUCAUUUUCGGGAUGCCACUUUAUGGUCGCGGAUUUGUUCUUGACAAUCCGUCUGUAAAUGGCUUCUAUGCUCCAGCCGCUCUUCCUAUUCCCGAUGGACCCUAUACGAGGCAAAAUGGAACAUGGGGAUAUAACGAGAUUUGCGAGAAACUUAAAUAUGAAGCUGGAUGGACAGUUGUUCGUGACUCAUGCUACAUGUCUCCUUACGCAGUCAAGGGAAAUCUUUGGAUAGGAUACGAUGACCAACAGUCAUUGCGGGCUAAGGGUCAAAUGAUUGCUGCCAUGAAUUUGGGUGGUGCACUAAUUUGGGACAUGGACACUGACGAUUUCCGCGGCCUUUGCUAUGGAACAACAUUCAUUUUGACCAAAACAGUUAUCGAUGCCAUGAACGGGCCAACUAACCUCAUGCCAAGUCCGAGUUAUCCUUGUAGAACUGAUACUACAUUAACAACUACAUCCGUAAGCACAACUACUGCAACUCCUCCUUCAAUGAAGAAAAAGAUGGUGUGCUACUAUGGUACAUGGGCAGUGUAUCGACCAGGAAACGGAAAAUUCGAUGUAGAGGACAUUGAUACCAACCUCUGCACCCACAUCAUUUACGGAUUCACAGGACUCGGAACGGACAACACAAUUCAGUGUCUCGAUCCUUGGAACGACCUUUACGACGGCGGUGGAAAGGGAGCUUUGUAUCGUUUCACUGGACUGAAAAGCAAAAAACCGUCGAUGAAAGCGCUUGUCGCAAUUGGUGGAUGGAACGAAGGGUCCGAAAAAUACUCUGUGAUGGUGUCUGAUCCUGCCAAACGAGCGGUAUUUGUCAACUCCGUAGUGAAUUUUAUAAAAAAAUUCAAUUUCGACGGACUUGACUUUGACUGGGAAUAUCCAGCUAAUAGAGGCGGAAUCCCUUCUGACAAGCAAAAUUUCGUCAGCAUGAUUCAAGAACUGAAAAAUGCUUUUGCCCCGUACGGUUGGCUGCUUACAGCUGCUGUUCCUCCUGGAAAGUCGACAAUUGACAGCGCAUACGAUAUUCCAGCGGUAGCGAGUAAUUUGGAUCAGGUCCAUGUUAUGACCUAUGACUAUCAUGGGGCCUGGGAGCCGUACACUGGUUUGAAUUCUCCGUUGUUCUCAAACAAUCUUGUCGAUAAAGGAACUGACAAUAUCUUGAAUGCGAACUGGACAAUUAACUACUGGAUCUCGAAUGGCGUACCUCGUUCUAAAAUCAUUUUCGGGAUGCCACUUUAUGGUCGCGGAUUUGUUCUUGACAAUCCGUCUGUAAAUGGCUUCUAUGCUCCAGCCGCUCUUCCUAUUCCCGAUGGACCCUAUACGAGGCAAAAUGGAACAUGGGGAUAUAACGAGAUUUGCGAGAAACUUAAAUAUGAAGCUGGAUGGACAGUUGUUCGUGACUCAUGCUACAUGUCUCCUUACGCAGUCAAGGGAAAUCUUUGGAUAGGAUACGAUGACCAACAGUCAUUGCGGGCUAAGGGUCAAAUGAUUGCUGCCAUGAAUUUGGGUGGUGCACUAAUUUGGGACAUGGACACUGACGAUUUCCGCGGCCUUUGCUAUGGAACAACAUUCAUUUUGACCAAAACAGUUAUCGAUGCCAUGAACGGGCCAACUAACCUCAUGCCAAGUCCGAGUUAUCCUUGUAGAACUGAUACUACAUUAACAACUACAUCCGUAAGCACAACUACUGCAACUCCUCCUUCAAUGAAGAAAAAGAUGGUGUGCUACUAUGGUACAUGGGCAGUGUAUCGACCAGGAAACGGAAAAUUCGAUGUAGAGGACAUUGAUACCAACCUCUGCACCCACAUCAUUUACGGAUUCACAGGACUCGGAACGGACAACACAAUUCAGUGUCUCGAUCCUUGGAACGACCUUUACGAAGGCGGUGGAAAGGGAGCUUUGUAUCGUUUCACUGGACUGAAAAGCAAAAACCCGUCGAUGAAAGCGCUUGUCGCAAUUGGUGGAUGGAAUGAAGGCUCUGAAAAGUACUCAGUGAUGGUUUCUGAUCCAGCCAAAAGAUCAAUCUUCGUUAAUUCCGUAGUGAACUUCAUUAGGAAAUAUGGCUUUGAUGGUCUAGAUUUCGACUGGGAAUAUCCAGCUAAUAGAGGAGGAAUCCCAUCUGAUAAGCAAAAUUUCGUCAGCAUGAUUCAAGAAUUGAGAAAUGCUUUUGCCCCGUACGGUUGGCUGCUUACAGCUGCUGUUCCUCCUGGAAAGUCGACAAUUGACAGCGCAUACGAUAUUCCAGCGGUAGCGAGUAUUUUGGAUCAGGUCCAUGUUAUGACCUAUGACUAUCAUGGGGCCUGGGAGCCGUACACUGGUUUGAAUUCUCCGUUAUUCUCAAAUCCUUAUGUCGACAAAGGAACUGACAAUAUUUUGAACGCGAACUGGACGAUCAAUUACUGGAUUUCGAAUGGUGUACCUCGUUCUAAAAUUAUCUUUGGUAUGCCACUUUAUGGUCGCGGAUUUGUUCUUGACAAUCCUUCCGUAAACGGCUUCUAUGCACCAGCUGCUCUUCCUAUUCCCGACGGACCGUACACUAGACAAAAUGGAACAUGGGGUUUUAAUGAGAUUUGCGAGAAGUUCAAAUAUGAAUCUGGAUGGACAGUUGUUCGUGAUUCGUGUUAUCAAUCUCCCUAUGCAGUCAAGGGAAAUCUUUGGAUAGGAUACGAUGAUCAACAGUCAUUGAGAACAAAGGGUCAAAUGAUUGCUGCUAUGAAUUUGGGUGGUGCACUAAUUUGGGACAUGGACACUGACGAUUUCCGCGGCCUUUGCUAUGGAACAACAUUCAUUUUGACCAAAACAGUUAUCGAUGCCAUGAAUGGUCCAACUAAUCUUAUGCCAACUAAUCCAUGCGCAACAACAUUUACAUCAACUACCCCGACGACAACUACUACUCGGACGACUACUCCAACAACAACAACCACCCCAACAACCACUACUACUCCGACGACAACAACUACUCCAACAACAACCACUCCGACCACAACUACUACUCGGACAACCACCCCGACAACCACUACUACUCCGACGACAACAACUACUCCAACAACAACCACUCCGACCACAACUACUACUCGGACAACCACCCCGACAACCACUACUACUCCGACGACAACAACAACUCCAACAACAACCACUCCAACCACAACUACUACUCGGACAACCACCCCAACAACCACUACUACUCCGACGACAACAACUACUCCAACAACAACCACUCCGACCACAACUACUACUCGGACAACCACCCCGACAACCACUACUACGACGACGACAACAACUACUCCAACAACAACAACCACUCCGACCACAAUUACUACUCGGACAACCACUACUACUCCGACAACAACUACUACUCGGGCAACAACAACUACAACAACUACUCUCCCAAUAACGUCGAUUGCAACAAUACAUCCACCCAGUUAUUACUGCAAAAGAGAAGGAUAUAAUGCUGAUCCGGACGACUGCGGUGUUUUCCAUCAGUGUGUAUACUACACUGAAACUGGAUGGCAGGAUUUCGUUCAACCGUGUGCGCCGGGAACCGUAUUCAGUGAGAGCAUGUACACAUGCGCCCAACCAGAAUUGGUCCCGGGAUGUGAAUUCUACUACGAAAAUAAAACCACGCAACAGAUAUCUUAAAUCUUGCAGCAAUUGUUCUAUAUUUCGAUCAACUCUAUUGGAUCAAUUUACCGCAAUUUUUUAAAAUUUCAUUUUCUUUACAGGGUGGUGGAAAAUUUCUGUGAAAUAUAUUCAAUUAAUUACAA